AGCUGCAUCCAUUUUUCAAGAUUUAUUCCAAUUUGCGCCACCAGACCAACAUUAGCAUGAUGUCGUAUUUAAAGCAACCACCUUACACAGUCAAUGGCCUUAGCUUAACCACUUCCGGAAUGGACCUCUUACAUCCGUCCGUGGGCUAUCCAGCGACACCAAGGAAGCAGAGGCGAGAGAGGACUACUUUCACCCGCGCGCAGCUCGACGUUUUGGAGGCGUUGUUCGCCAAGACGCGGUAUCCCGAUAUAUUCAUGCGCGAAGAGGUGGCUCUCAAAAUCAACCUGCCCGAGUCGCGUGUACAGGUUUGGUUCAAGAACCGGCGGGCCAAGUGUCGCCAGCAGCAACAGCAGCAGCAGAACGGAGGGCAGAACAAGGCGCGGCCGGCCAAGAAGAAGAGCUCCCCCAGCCGAGAAGUGAGCUCCGAGAGCGGCGCCAGCGGGCAGUUCACGCCCCCCGCCAGCACCACCGCCGUCCCGGCCAUCCCCAGCAGCACGGCACCCGUGUCCAUCUGGAGCCCGGCCUCCAUCUCGCCGCUGUCGGACCCGCUGUCUACCUCGUCGUCGUGCAUGCAGAGGUCCUACCCCAUGACCUACACGCAGGCCUCGGGCUACGGCCAAGGCUACGCCGGCUCCACGUCCUACUUCGGCGGCAUGGACUGCGGCUCUUACCUCACCCCCAUGCACCACCAGUUGUCCGGCCCUGGUUCGACCCUGAGUCCGAUGAGCACGAACGCGGUGACCGGCCACCUCAACCAGUCCCCGGCGCCGCUCUCCACGCAGGGUUACGGCACGUCCGGCCUGGGCUUCAACUCCACGGCGGAUUGCCUGGAUUAUAAAGACCAAGCGGCGUCGUGGAAACUGAACUUCAACGCCGAUUGCUUGGAUUAUAAGGAUCAGACCUCCUCGUGGAAAUUCCAGGUCCUGUGAACGCAGUGCAAAAGACAGCGCAGGGCCCUGGCUAAAACUGUUUUCUGGGAGGGGAAGUGGGGGACGGGGGGUGCCUCCAACAUUCUUGUCGUAACCUCGCUUUAGAUGAGAGGUUUAAUUUAUUUUAGAACCGGGAAAGAGAUUUUCUUUACUUCCCCCACUCACCUGUAGCCCCCCCCCCUCCCCAUCCAUGUCUAUCAGUGCGUCACUCACCUGUUGAACCCGCAAGGCCACGGAACGAGAACCCUGGACUCAGAACCUCCCUCAAUUCAGCUUCUUUGUUUCGCAACGAUAAGGAGGAUGCUGCGUGCGGACAUGGAUGCACUACUUUAUUUAAGGAAAAAAAGUGUUUAUAAAAAAAUCAAUAUGUAGUUUCUAAGAGACAAUCAGUGUGUGUCUUAUAUAAAUGGUACGUGUUUAUUUUAUUUUUAUUUUUUGCAUUUUUAUCUGUGCUAGCCUUCGAAACUGUGAUCUGUUGUAUCGUAUGCAAUUUGUGAGCCCCUCCUCGCAUCAUUCGAACCUGUUGUUUUUUUCUUUUUUUUUUUGUCAGGAGGGGGAGAGGAGACGCUAAUGAUUAAAUGAGACUUUCCAAAUCGUAGUGAUAAUAUGAAGGGUUAGACACACACACACACAUCACAAAACCUCUCAAUCUCAACAUGAUUGUGGGUCAGUCCCAGCCUCCAAAUAUUGUGGCCUCCCCGAUGAAAAGACAUGAAAAAUCACAAUAAACAAACAUAAGGUCCCUUGA